AUGGAUACACUGUUUAGGUUGGUUAGCCUCCACCAGCAUCACCAACAGGCAGCAGCAGCAGCAGCGUCCUCCUCGCCGGACCAGCACCACCAGUCCCCCUACAGCUCCCGCUCCACCACGUCCCGCAGCAGCACCACCUCCACCGGCUCACGCUCCUCCCCUUCCUCCUACCACACCCACAACCACCACUACUACUCCCACUCCCACUCCCACUACAGCAGCAGCAGCGGCUACUACUACGACAACCCUGCCGGCAGUGGCAGCGGUGGAGGAUCCGGCGGCGGCUACUACUACGACCACCACCAGCCGGCGCCGUACCAAGAAGAAUGCGCCAACGACCACCGCUUUUACAUGGAUGAAGACUUCUCCUCCUCGUCCUCGUCGCGCCACUUCCAGUCGCGCGCGGCCCCGCCGGCGGCGCCGCCCUCGUCGUCUCCCGCGCCCACGCCACCGCAUCAGCAGCCCGCGUCCACGUCGUCCGGCGCCGCCGGUGCCCACCUGUUCGAGGCGGCAGACUUCUCGUUCCCGCAGGUGGAUAUCGAUCUCGACUUCAGCUCCCCCGCGUCGUCCUCCGGCGCGGGCGGCCGGGGCGGGACCGCCGCCGCCUCGUCGUCCUCGGGCGGCGGCGGCGCCGGGCGGUGGGCCGCGCAGCUGCUGCUGGAGUGCGCGCGCGCCGUGGCCGCCCGCGACAGCCAGCGCGUGCAGCAGCUCAUGUGGAUGCUCAACGAGCUGGCGUCGCCGUACGGGGACGUGGACCAGAAGCUGGCGUCCUACUUCCUCCAGGGCCUCUUCGCGCGCCUCACCACCUCCGGCCCGCGCACGCUGCGCACGCUCGCCGCCGCGUCCGACCGGAACACGUCCUUCGAGUCCACGCGCCGCACCGCGCUCAGGUUCCAGGAGCUGAGCCCCUGGGCGUCCUUCGGCCACGUGGCCGCCAACGGGGCCAUACUCGAGGCGUUCCUGGAGGCGGCGGCGGCGGCCGGGGCGGCGUCCUCUUCCUCCUCCUCGUCUUCGCAGCAGCCGCCGCGGCUGCACAUCCUGGACCUCAGCAACACCUUCUGCACGCAGUGGCCGACGCUGCUGGAGGCGCUGGCCACGAGGUCGUCGGACGACACGCCCCACCUGUCCAUCACCACCGUGGUGCCCACCGCCGCGCCGUCCGCGGCCGCGCAGCGCGUCAUGCGGGAGAUCGCGCAGCGCCUCGAGAAGUUCGCGCGCCUCAUGGGCGUGCCCUUCACCUUCCGUGCCGUGCACCACGCGGGGGACCUCGCGGAGCUGGACCUCGACGGCCUCGACCUCCGCGAGGGCGGCGCCACUACCGCGCUCGCGAUCAACUGCGUCAACGCGCUGCGCGGGGUCGCGCCGGGAGGCGCGCGGCGGCGUGACGCGUUCGUCGCGUCGCUCCGCCGGCUCGAGCCGCGCGUGGUCACCGUCGUGGAGGAGGACGCCGAUCUCGUGGCGGCAUCCGAGUCGUCGUCGGCCGAGGAAGCAGCCAACACGGAGACGGAGGCGGCGUUCAUGAAGGUGUUCACCGAGGGCCUCCGCUUUUUCUCAGCGUACAUGGACUCCCUGGAAGAGAGCUUCCCGAAGGCGACCAACGAGAGGCUCGCGCUGGAGAGGGCGGCGGGGCGUGCCAUUGUGGACCUCGUGUCCUGCCCGGCGUCGGAGUCCGUUGAGAGGCGGGAGACGGGGGCGUCGUGGGCGCGGCGCAUGCGGUCGGCCGGCUUCUCUCCCGUGGCGUUCAGCGACGACGUGGCCGACGACAUGCGGUCGUUGCUGCGCCGGUAUCGGGAGGGAUGGACCUUGCGAGAGCCAGGCGCGGACGACGGCGCGGCGGCCGGGGUGUUCCUCGCGUGGAAGGAGCAGCCCGUGGUGUGGACGAGUGCGUGGAGGCCAUGA